ACCUCGACUAUAUAUACUAUAUAUGUGGGCUUCUGUAUUGUUGUAGUUACUACUAAAAAAGUAAAAACCCUACCUCUCAUCUUGUUCCUUAUUCUCUUCCUCCGCCGUAAUUUGUUGUCAUCUUUCUUUCUCAGUCGUUCCCAUCGACACCAUGGCCGCCGGAGAAGGACAACAAAUCAUGGCUCUCAUCAGCAAACGCCUCCGUUCUCUCCGCAAGAAACACAACCGAAUCACUGGUUUCGAGGAGUCGGUUUCUCAGGGGAAAACCCUAAACAAGGAUCAAGAAGAAAUCGUCCGCUCCAAGCCAGUCGUCACUGCCCUAAUCCAAGAGCUCGAAAAGCUCCGCCUUCCUCUUGCUCCUCCCGCCGCCUCCGCUGCUGUGCCCAAAGAGAUCAUCCUCUCUGCUCCGAAAACCCAACAGCCAAAGGAGAUCGUUGCUGUUGUGGAAGAGGUGAUGGCGACCAAGACGGAUUUCAAGAUCCCUGAUGGUCUCAGUGAGGUUUCGAAGGACGAUUCUUGCUCCGUCUGUAGCGGAUGCUCACGGGGUGUUACGCCAUCUCCAGCAUCGGAAACCGUCGAAGAGGAGAAGGUCGAAGAGGAGAAGGUCGAAGAGAAGAAGGUCGAAGAGGAAGAGGGGCCAUGGAUAGAGGUUGUUAGGCGACGACGUAGAGCUCCAUCUCAAGAAGCACCUCAAGGAGCACCGCGAGGACGAGGCGGCCGUGGCGGUCGAGGCGGUCGAGGCGGACAACAUUAUAAUCGGCAACCGAGACGCCCGGCUUCGAGUUGAUUGUCUUUGCCAAUAAGCGGUCUCGGACUUGCGUUUGAUUGUGUUUGCCAAUAAGCGGAAGUUCGGUUCUCAAGAAAAUUGAAGGGAUUUGUUGGCUUGGUGUCACUAGCAAACUCCUUUGGAAUUUUCUACUAUCUUUUUUGAUUCGUUUCGAUUGCAAAUUUUGUUUAAUUUGAUGUUUACCUUGCUUUUUUUUAAUGAAAAAAAAGAUUUUAUCA